CUGGAUGCCGCUCUGCCCCGGCGCGGCCGCCGCCGAUCGCAGCACAGCAGCCGCCGCCGCCGCCGCGGUUGAUGUGGUUGGCCCGGGGCUGAGGAGGCCGCCAAGAUGCCGCAGUCCAAGUCCCGGAAGAUCGCGAUCCUGGGCUACCGGUCUGUGGGGAAAUCCUCAUUGACGAUUCAGUUUGUUGAAGGCCAAUUUGUUGACUCCUACGACCCAACCAUAGAAAACACUUUCACAAAAUUGAUCACAGUAAAUGGACAAGAAUAUCAUCUUCAGCUUGUUGACACAGCUGGACAAGAUGAAUACUCCAUCUUUCCUCAGACAUACUCCAUAGAUAUUAAUGGUUAUAUUCUUGUGUAUUCUGUUACAUCAAUCAAAAGUUUUGAAGUGAUUAAAGUUAUUCACGGCAAAUUGUUGGACAUGGUGGGGAAAGUGCAAAUACCUAUUAUGCUGGUCGGGAAUAAGAAAGAUCUACACAUGGAAAGGGUGAUCAGUUAUGAAGAAGGGAAAGCAUUAGCAGAGUCUUGGAACGCAGCUUUUUUGGAAUCUUCUGCUAAAGAAAAUCAGACCGCUGUUGACGUUUUUAGAAGGAUAAUUUUGGAGGCAGAAAAAAUCGAUGGGGCCGCGUCACAAGGAAAGUCUUCCUGCUCGGUGAUGUGAUCCCGCCGCGGAGCCCGAGGACCCCGGGAGCCGGUCCUGCGUGCAGAAGCAGACUGCCCGUUAUCCUUCGAGAGAAACUCCGCUGCUUUUUCCUUCUGUUAACCUGAAAGAUUUCGUUUGGGUCAGAGCUUUUUCUGGCCCCACCCACCCCCCUUUCAGAUUAUGUUAAACUCUGACUCUGUCCAAAUGAGUUCACUUCCAUUUUCAAAUUUUAAGCAAUCAUAUUUUCAAUUUAUAUAUUGUAUUUCUUAAUAAUAUUAUGACCAAGAAUUUUAUCGGCAUUAAUUUUUCAGUGUAGUUUGUUGUUUAAAAUAAUGUAAUCAUCAAAAUGAUACAUAUUGUUACACUACUAUUAACUAGGCUUCGAUAUAUCAGUGUUUAUUUCAUUGUGUUAAAUGUAUACUUGUAAAUAAAAUAGCUGCAAACCUUA